AUGUUCCGCUUCGCUGUCGCCAGAUCCGCCAGAUGCCUCGCCCAGGCUGCUCCUAGAGUUCAGGCCCCCAUCACCCGCCGCGUCGCUCCCUCAUCCUUCUUGCCUUCGACCACCGCCGCUCCUUCGACCUUUGUCUCGGCCGUCAGAUGCUACUCGGCACACGCUGGUCUUUCAAAAGAUGAGGUUCAGGGCCGUAUUCUUGACCUCUUGAAGAACUUCGACAAGCUCCUGCACACCAACUUACAUUCAUCGCAGCUCUCGGCUCAGUCACACUUCACCAACGACCUCGGUCUCGACUCUCUGGACACUGUCGAGGUUGUUAUGGCCAUCGAGGAGGUUCGUCACAUGCGCUGUGCCACACAACGAGUUCGUAUGCUCACAUAUACCACAGNNGAGUUCAGCAUUGAGAUCCCUGACAAGGAGGCCGAUGCCAUCCACAGCGUGAACCAAGCUGUUGAGUACAUCCUCAGCCAGCCUGACGGUAAGUCUUCUCGUGCAGACGAUAUAUUGGCUCGCCUCUGA